AUGUUGUCAGCUGAAUGUGAAGAAUCGAUUCCUUAUGCGAAGGAUAAGGUUUCAACAUUGGUUAAAGGCAAACAAAAGUCAUCAGUGAGGCGGGCAACAAGUGAAAUUACACUACAAUUUAAGGCUAACCAACGUGCUCCGCGGGUUAAAGAGUCGAAGUUUGAUCCGACAUUUAGCUCUUUUACCAGAGAUGGAUAUCAACGUCGAUUGCAUUCUGAAGUACCUCAACACCAUCAUUUAUCUGAUUCUUUUGAUAUGCUGACAACUGGUACUCUUGCAGGUAGAUACUCACAACCGGCAGAUUUCACUACACCGAAUAGCUAUAAACAUCAGAGAUACUUUGAAAAGACUUCAGAUACCCAUCAUCAUCAUCAUCAUCGUGAUCAUCAUUCUGGUUCUAGAACGUCGACGGCAGUUAGUUGUGCUGAAGACGAUUCUCUUUCUUUAAGUCAAAAUGGUAUACAUACAAGUAGUUGUGCAUCGGGUGAAGAAGUUCUUCAUGAAUCUGUAAAGUUCGAUAUUGAUUCUCCUAAGGGUGGUUUCGUAGCAGAUUUCUUCAAUGAAAAUCGUGAUUUACAUCCUUCAGAUAUUCCUAAAUCAUCUGAUAUACUCUCUGAUGAACAUUCCAGUUCAGAAUCAAAUCGCAGGGAUACACUAACUGCCGCUGCUGCUUCUACUGCAUGCGCAGCACCUAAUACAGAUACUACCAAUGUAAAUGAUGUCACUAUCACUGAUGCACCAGCUCCUACGAAAACACCUUUUGUCACAUCAGAAGAUCAGUUGAUUGCAAUGGAUUUACCUCGAUGUAUUCUUGCUGGUGGGCCAGCGUUUGGUUGGACGCAUGAAUCAAUUAUUAUUUGUUGGCGUCGAUUUUUAGGUGUUUUGGGCAAUUUUUAUAAAAUUAACAAUCCAAGUACAAUGCUUGAUGUAUUUCAAUAUCUAAAUGAAAUGACUACAUGUCUAUUGAAAAUUAGAGAUUAUCAAAUUGUCCCGUGUGUUACUGAAACAUGCGUUCAACCAAUUCCGCCAUUUGUACCACCUGUGGAGUUAAUUGCACCAGUUUUAUUCGAAUCCCUAAAUCUGUCUGAAGAUUUUGUUGAAUCUAAACAGCUGGCUAUACGUACUCUUAGUGAUAUUGUUGUCCGUUUCCAUGAUGGAUGCCCUGAUCCUGAGUUAAUUGCUCAAUUUUAUUAUUUAGUUCAUCGAAUUUGUGUAUCAAAAGAAGAGAAAUAUGUUUUCGAAAUCAUUCGGUCGUGUAGUAUGCGUAUAUUUGUGUCCUCUCUUCCGUCUACGCAUUUACUUAUUCUGGAUUUCUUAAGUGGUGUAAAUGUUGUUUUAACAAAUCCCAGUCCCGGACCAGAGGUCCCGAGGUCAGAAGCUAUAUCUGUGAUAUUAUCCUUAUUGUGUUAUCCACAUCAUUUUGAAUCAUUGGAAUCCAUUGAAUCUACAUGCUUAGAACCGAGGAUCAUUGCCUGUAAUGAUCUGAAGUCACAACUGGUUCAACUGUUAACACAAGCUGUUCUAUUGGAUCCGAGUGCAGAAGUACGAUGUUUAGCUAUUACAGGAUUAUCAAUCUACUGUGUCAUUGAAAUUAUGAAUUCACUUGGAUCUGAGCAUAAAUCAUCUACUACAACUACUACACUCAGUAAUACCAGUAGUAGCAGUUCUACAGCAUUUGACAGUUUAUUUCAUGAUUCUGUUAUAAUCCUGCUGGGAAUGAUGCGUUUCCAGAAUAGAAUUGUAGCCAUUGUUGCCGUGGAUAUGGUUCUUAUGUUUGCUGAUUAUUGUUCUAUUAUAUCAUCUCGUGAUGUGAAAUUAGCCUGCUUAAUACUAUUGUCACUUGCUUGGACAUUGUUCACUACAUGGGAUAAUACAAACCUGGACAAUAUGACAGCAGUCGAUAAAAGGUUUUUCCUAGGUCUAAUUCAAGCAAUAACUGAAUGGUCAAUGCGUAUGCCUUAUGAUCAGUUAUUAAUAAAUCGUGAAACUAAACCAGGAUCAUUAGCACCAUCGUCUAAUGUGUUAGGCACAUUAAUUGAAGUUUUCUGCUUUAUCAUAUCAUCGAAUGAUGCCACCUCGCAGUCAUUAAUCAAUGCAAGCCAAUCUUCAACUGGUCCACUGUCUCAAAUUCAGUCGAAUAUUUAUUUCACUGAUCCAUUAUUAGAAUAUCUUGCCACCUGUAAAACUCCAAUUGAUAUUGGUUUGUUUAAUUCACCUAAGACUGGAUUAGACAUAUCGAGUUUGGCAGUCAAAUCAUGGCUUUUCACUGGUAGUGACAAUUCUCUAUCUGGAUUGAAUUAUAAUGAAAAUAUAAAUCAUAUCACAGAGUCUGUACGGUUAGCAGCACGAGUGGCUUUGAAUCAUAUGCUCAAUCACUUGGAUCAAUUUCCGAUGUCUAAAGAUGGUGUACAGAUCAAUACAUCGAUUCAAGAACAUCAUGAUCAAUUUUAUCCUCCUCUAACUGCUACUGAAAACGAUUUCAGUAGUAGUAGUAGUAAUAACAACAACAGCAACACUGAUGUAAACACAGAUGAAAAAGAGCUUACACCGGAUAUAUUUGAACAAAAUAAUCUACAAAUUUUUGUUUUGGAUCGUUCAAUUCUACUGACAUUUAUUUCCCUACCAAUUAUGAAGGUGGUCGAUGAAAAGACGAAGAAGAAGGAGAAGAGGAAUUCUGAACUUAACACUGAAUCAACAGAUUUACCGGUUAUUAAAGACUAUCAAUUAGCUUUAAGUGAUGAUCAUUCAUCAUACAUUUAUCUACCGUAUUCAUCUCUAAAUUCAAAAGAGGAUGUGAAGAUGACUUCAUUGAAUUCUACAUUUGUAACAAAUCCAUUUUAUACACGAAUCAUUGCACGUGAUCUCUCCGGUAAAUACACAUGGGAUGCAUCAUAUUUAUACAAUAGUAUAUUCGAAUUUAGAGAACAACAACAAUUACAAUCAAAUGAAUGUAUAAAUGAUAAUUUAUUAUCACCAAUCGAUUCAGGUGAUGAUUUACAUGUACAUUUAUCACGUGAACCACCACCUUGUCCACCGCCACGUAUGAAUCCUCCACCUCCAUUGUUAAAUGGUUUAACAUCCCCAGUGUUACAUAAUCUUGAUCAAUUAAAUGAUGUUUUGCGUGAUUUAGCUGCGACUAGUCCUGAGUGUUCAAUUACUUGGAGUGCAUCUAAACUGUCUGAAUAUGAACAUGUGAAAGAGAAAUCUGAUACAGAAAUUAUUACCUGUUUAAAUAUGGAGAAAAUGACUUGUGAUCAAAUCACUUCUCAAUGUCAAAUGGAUGAAGAUAUUAUUCAUAAGAAAUUAACUGAUGCUGAUGUGAUAUCACUUUAUGCUUCACCAGAACUACCUAACAGACGUGAAUCUUUGAAUCGGACAACAAGUAAACGAAAUGCUAUGCAAUUUGAUAAUGCUCGUCAUUUAUUGAAUCAAUUUGGUUAUUUAUCAUGGAGACAUAGACCUACUGUUGAAUUGUUACAGAAAUCACCUGGUCUUGUACGCGAACUGAAGCAUUUAGAUAAUCUUGGAACACGUGAAACACAUAAGUUGGCUAUAUUCUACGUUGGCGCUGGUCAAGAAGAUAAACAAUCUAUUCUGUCUAAUCAAACAGCUAGCUUAGAAUUUGAAAAUUUUGUAGCAGGUCUUGGUUGGGAAAUUGAUUUACUCACACAUAAAGGAUUUCGUGGUGGAUUAGAACGAAGUGGACGUGCUGGUCAUUCAACACCGUAUUUUGUGACAUCCACCUUAGAAGUUAUCUUUCAUGUUUCAACGCGUAUGCCUUCAUCAACUCAGGAAGAUUUAAAGUACAAACACUUAGGAAAUGAUGAAAUUAUGAUUAUAUGGAAUGAGAAUUCACGUGCCUUUAGACGUAGUGUACUACGUACUCAAUUUGGUGAUGUAUUAAUCAUUAUAUCCCCUUUGCUUAAUGGACUUUAUAAAGUUGAAGUACGACGUGAAGCUCAGGUUGGUUUAUUUGGUCCAAUCGUUGAAAGUGCUGUUUUAAGUUCAAAUGUUUUACCCGGCCUGGUCCGUGCAACAGCUAUCAACGCUAGUCGUGCUGUUCGAGCCAUGAAACCUGGAUAUCAUCAUCCAUAUGAAGGUCGAGCAGCCAGUCUACAACAAAUCGUAUCCAAGUACACACUACCAACUUCAUUUGAAGAAUAUGCUGAAUCUAUCCUUCUGCCAAAUACAAAACCUGGGUAUCACAAUCAGUCCAUUAGUCCAUCAAUCAACUCGUCUUCAAUUAAUAAAUCAAGUGGUGUAAAAUUUGUCUCCAUCACACCUAAUCCUCCUAGUAGUACCACUAAGUAUGAAUCUCAUUACAAUUAUCCGCAUGCGCUUUCUGCUCCUAAUUUCACUUUAGAUGAUUUUAACAGCACAAAUAACCAAAGGAGCAAUAAUAGUAAUAAUAAUAAUAAACAUCUUCAUGAUGUACGUCAACGAGAACACGUCAUUACUGUGCAUUUAAAUCGACCACCUAGUAUACGCUCUAGAACACCGUCAGUUACACGUAUAAAAAGUGCACUCCCUGCAUUAUCGGAUCAUAAUUUCAAUUCAGUUUCACCUUUAGUUAACUAUUGUCAUUCACCAGCAGCACCUUUACAACAAAGUAGUACUCCUUCUAAAGUUCAUAAUAAUAAUAAUAAUAAUAAUUUUUGAUGCAUCCCAUGUACCAAAUAUAUCGAAUCCAAUCUCCAGUCCACGAUUACUUCAUCGUUUAAAAUCUCGUCGACAUAGUGGAUCUAAUAAAUAAUCAAUUAAAAAAUGAGAUUGAGAUCAACUUGUGAACAGGUUUCUCGUGUUGCUUUUCUUUUUUUUUAAUUAUCUGUAAUAAUUAUCUCUGUUGAACUUGUUGUAACUCAUUCAACCAUAUCAACAAACCUCAAACCACAAGAAGGCAAGAUUUCCUCUCUCCCUUUCUCUCUCUCUCCUUCUCCCGCCUUUUUAUCCUUCUGUUGUUGUUUUUCUCAGUUAUGUUAUUUUUUAUACUGUUUUUUUAAAAUUAUUUAUUUAUUUCCUCUGAUCGAGUGACGAUUCCUCUCUUCUCCUUGUGUGCACUUUGUUUUUGCAGUUAAUUGUGUUUUUUAUUGUUCUGCUGUUUGUUUUGUAUUACUCUUCUUUGUUUCGCAAAACGUGAGUGUGUCUCAGCACACAGCAAUUACUACGAUAUUUAUAUAUAUUUAUGUAUAUUGUAAUGUAUAUAGUGUGUAUGUUCCUCUCUUUUUGUUUACUCUUCUACUUCUAUAAUUAUAACAUCUUAUAUCUUUAUAGUUUUUUAUUAUAAUUACCUGUUGUUGUUGUUGCUAUACCCUUUGACACUACCGAGUGGAACAUAGACGUUCAACGGGACAUCCCCC